AUGAGUAGCAUAUAUGUUGGAGAGAUUCCGUUCUUAUCAUUUAUUUGGUUGGAGAAUGAUCGAUUUUCUCUAAAAGUAAAGGUAAGUUCAUUUAUCAUUAAAGCGGAGGAAAUAGCAGAUGUUUCUAAUGCUACUAUUGUCGAUCGUGAGACUGCUGAAUUUUUAGAGAAUAAAUCAAAGAAGACUUUAGAAGAGAUGCGGUCUCUGGACUGGCACCAUAUUGCAGAUGACUAUGAAAUGUCACCUGA